GUGAGCUAAUUACCUCUCGGUCUCAUAGUCUAGCACACGGUUUAUAUUAUUAUUGGUCUAAUCUACACAAUUCUUUCUCAAGUUCAUGCAUAAAUCACUAAAUCAAUUGAAAGGUAGUGAGACCCGACGCGUGGGAAGCUCGGGGGAGUGACGAGCUAGACGGCUCGGCACUUUUGGACUUAGGUUUUUGUAGCUAAGCCGUUAGUCACCCAUGCUUGACAUAGAAAAUUUUGUGUACAGAAUUUAGUGUUAGUCAUGAUUGUAUAUAUGAAGUGAUAAAUUUUGUACAUUCGACUGGUAACUAUUUGGUAGAUUAAAAGGCUUAAAUUUGAAUUGCUAAAUGGCUCCAAAACGGCGUGGACACCCCCCGAAGGGUAGCCAUAUGGAUCAAGGCACGCCUCCGAUCCCAAAAGCUAGUCCCCUCGCCCAAGCUACUCCGCAGGAGGGAGGGACGAGCAAUCCUCAAGUGGCCAGCUUUGUUCAUGAACUUAUGACGGAGAUAAGACGCCAAGUAUCUCCUGCCACAAGUGUACCACCUCCAUCCCCGGUGGUCUCUACUCCUGUGGCCCCUGCUCCGGUUUCCCCUGUUCCUAUCUCUUCUGCUCCUGCUGUGCCUAGCUGGAAGAUUUAUACAGAAUUCCAGAAGUUGAUGAUGAACAAGGGAUUCGAUGGUACUGCAGGUUUUGAGCAGGUGGAAUCAUGGAUUACCAAGGUGGAGCGGGGAUUCUACCUGCUGCAUGUUUCUGAUGACCUUAAGGUCAAUGUAGGCACCUACAUGCUUACUGGGAAGGCAUUAACUUGGUGGGAGAGUUAUCGGAAGCUGCACCAAGGAGAGCCUGAAUUGAGCACCUGUGAUGGUUUUAAGAAGGUGUUCAUGCGGGAGUACAUACCGGACAGCAAAAGGCGAGAACUGCAAAGAGAAUUUGCAGAUUUAAAGCAAGGGUCAAGUACUGUUGAGCAGUACAAGGAGGAGUUUGACCGCUAUCUGCCUUUUGUGGGUAGCCAAGUCAGCGAUGAGCAAGCCAAGGCCGACAAAUUUCUGUGGGGCUUAAAUUCUGACAUUUAUUUGGCGGUAAACCAAUUUAAACCCGCCACUUAUCGAGAGGCUGCGGACAGAGCCAUAGAUCAGGAGAAGGCUAUGGCUAGAGUCAAGUCCUCAAGGCAGCCUAGUGGCGGGUCAUCCCUUGGGAAGAGGAAAUUCGAGGGGAGCCGUCGAUCCCAUUUCCUUGCACCGCCUAAGUCUGAAAUCAGCAAGGAUUCUAAAUGGUCAGGAGCCACCAAGACAAUGAGUCAGGCAUCAACGGCCCAACGUGCUCGUCCGGCUCAGCUUACUUGCCACGCUUGUGGGAAGGUCGGGCACACCCGGGAUCAAUGCCACAUUGCUACUGGGGUUUGCUUUAAAUGUGGCAAGCAGGGACACCGGAUUGCAAAUUGUCCACUGCUAGACCCCAAAGCCCAGAGUACUCAGCCUACCUCUUCGCAGAGUUCUACCAGUCAGGGAGCGCAGAAACAGAGUACUGGGGUUCGGACAAGAGCCCAGCAGGCGAGAGUGCAAGUGAUGACUCACAAGGAAGCUGCAGCUACCGAAGUAAUCACGGGUACCUUGCCUGCUAACUCUGAUUAUGCGCAUGUUUUAUUUGAUUCGGGUGCGUCGCACUCUUUUAUUGCUCGAUCUUAUGUUUUGAAACGAGCCUUGCCUGUUGAUACCUCUGAUUGUGAACUGCAUGUGGACACCCCUUUAGGAGGGGUGAUGACUACUAGGGAGGUGUGUAGAACUGUGGAUAUUUAUGUUGAUGGUAGACAGUUGAGUGCUAGAUUGUUUUUUUUAGAUAUCUCUGACUUUGAUAUCAUUUUGGGGAUGGAUUGGCUGUCAAAACACUUUGCCUCUAUAGACUGUCAUCAGAAAUGGGGCUUCAUAGUCUCUGUUACUGAUGCUAGUAGUGUGACAUCGAGACUAGAAGACAUACCGGUGGUGCGUGAGUUUCCGGAUGUAUUUCCGAAGGAUCUCCCAAAAUUGAAGGAGUUAAAGGUCCAACUGGAGGAACUCCUUGAGAAAGGGUUUAUACGCCCUAAUGUAUCACCUUGGGGAGCUCCAGUGUUGUUUGUCAAGAAGAAGGAUGGGAGCAUGAGGCUAUGCAUUGAUUACCGAGAAUUGAAUAAGGUGACUGUGAAGAACCGGUAUCCCCUUCUUAGAAUUGACGACUUGUUUGACCAGCUCAAGGGUGCUCAGGUAUUUUCUAAGAUUGAUCUUCGAUCUGGCUACCACCAGGUGAAGAUUAAGCCGGAUGACGUGCCAAAGACUGCCUUUCGCACCCGUUAUGGUCAUUAUGAGUUUAUAGUCAUGCCAUUUGGCUUGACAAAUGCCCCUGCCAGAUUUAUGGAUUUGAUGAAUCAGGUGUUUAGCAAGUACCUAGACCAGUUUGUGGUUGUCUUUAUUGACGACAUUUUGGUCUACUCUUCUAGCCAUACUCUUCAUGAGAAGCACUUGAGGACAGUCCUCGAGACGUUGAGAAGGGAGAGGCUGUUUGCUAAAUUCAAGAAGUGUGAAUUUUGGCUAGAUAAUGUUGCAUUCCUAGGUCACGUGGUGACUAAGGAUGGAAUCUCUGUUGACCCCCAGAAAAUUGAGGCCGUGGUUGAUUGGAAGAGGCCAAAUAGUGUUGUAGAAAUCAGUAGUUUUCUGGGAUUAGCUCGUUAUUACCGUCGAUUUGUGGGGGAUUUCUCUAGAAUUACUCUGCCCAUGACUCGUCUUAUCAGAAAGGACACCAAGUUUGAGUGGACCCCAGAGUGUGAGAAGAGCUUUUUGACCUUGAAGGAGAAGUUGAUCACUGCUCCUUUAAAGCCUUAUGAAGAAAAUUACCCUACCCAUGAUCUGGAGUUGGCAGCCGUGAAGGAGCUUAAUAUGAGGCAAAGGCGAUGGCUUGAACUUUUAAAGGAAUACGACUUGACCAUUAGCUACCAUCCGGGCAAGGCUAACAAGGUAGCAGAUGCGUUGAGCAGGAAGUCCUUUAGCACUGCCUCUAGCAUCCUUGCCACUCAAAAGGAGUUACUUGAGGAUCUUGUGAAACUGGAUGUGGAGUUGAGAAUGGACAGCACUACGGCUUAUCUAGCCGCCCUCAGUGCACAACCGGCAUUAAUAGAUAGAAUUAAACUUGCCCAACAAAAAGAUUCCUUCUUGCAGAAGAUGAAGGAAAAAGUAAGAGCCGGGGAACCCCACAUGCAAGAAUUCAGGAUUUCUGAUGAUGAGAUUCUGUGGUUUGGUGAUAGGUUGUGUGUACCCAGAGAUCAUGCUUUAAGGCGUGAGAUUAUGGGAGAUGCCCAUUAUACUAGCUAUACAAUCCACCCAAGGAGCACCAAGAUGUAUCGCGAUUUACGUAGUACAUUUUGGUGGCGGAACAUAAAGAGGGAGAUAGCUAGAUUUGUCUCACAAUGCCUGACUUGCCAAAAGGUCAAGGCUGAACAUCAGAGACUUUCCGGAAAACUGCAACCGUUACCUAUUCCUCAGUGGAAGUGGGAAAACAUCACCAUGGACUUUGUGACCGGAUUACCACGAACCUUUAAGGGUAAUGAUUCCAUCUGGGUCAUCGUUGAUCGAUUGACCAAAUCAGCUCAUUUCUUACCCUACCGGACUGGCACCUCCAUUGAAAAGCUUGCCAAUAUGUACAUGGAUGAGCUUGCAACAGGCACUUGGUACUCAAUUAAAUUUCAGCACGACCUUUCAUCCUCAAACUGAUGGGCAAUCUGAGAGAACUAUUCAGAUACUUGAGGACAUGUUGAGGGCUUGUGUUCUAGAUUGGAAAGGUUCAUGGGAUCAACACUUAUCCAUGGCUGAAUUUGCAUAUAAUAAUAGUUAUCAGUCCAG